AUGCCGCCUAAGCCCAGCAUGAGCUCGCAGUCAGUUGUCUAUGAAAGUGACACUAGAAGCGAAGAGCGAACGUCUCAGCCCACACGAACUGAAAUUCAAGCGAUUUUCCAGAUCGCUCGCCCUGCGCCAAAAUCUUCACUUGGUCUUGCUCCUAAGCUGCUUCUUCAAAUCCAACAACUCGUGCAAAAUAAGCGACCAGUACCAGUACUGGAAAUGUGGCAACCACCAUUUCAGAAGUCGAAAUUGACUCGCAACUUUCAUCAGAAAGUCAAGUUGAGGUCGGGUGAUAUCUAUGCGACUCUCGAUGAGUCGUAUAUUACCACUUCGACUGGGCGACAGAAAGAUUUUUCCAACGCGGAGCAGGAUAGUGACGGUGCCACUCCGGAGAAGAGAAUUAUAGCAGCAAUAUGCCAGAACGACAAUACAACCUCAACAAUUUACUUCCGCGAUGCGCGAUGCAGAUGGCAGACCAGCGUAAGCACUGGACUCGCUCAAUCGACACCUACUUACCGAUUCACCAUCAACGACGAAAACAGAGAUAUAUCCGACCCAGGCAGAAUAAUCCUGCAAUGGGAAAAGCGGAGUAAAGAAAAUGCACUGGGUGGUUCGUUGGAUGCUGAGCAAUUUGUCCUCCUGUUAAUUGAUCGAAAGGCGCGGCGGAAGUGUCGCAUAGCUACCAUGACACCGGGCGGGUUUAAAAUCGUUGUAUGUUUUGAUUUAACGGAGCCUAUGGCAUCUACGGUAGUUCAAGAUCGUCAUGAAGCCUUGGAAAUAUGGUUAUAUACGCAAACCCUUACGUUAGGAUCGUGGGUUGCCUAUCAGGAAGGGUGGCUUAAUUACAACUGA